AUGAGCGUCAACGAGGAAAAGAAAGUUGAAGCUACUACGGAGCCAACGGUCGAACCAAAGACUGAGAAGAAAGUUCAAGAUGAUGAUGAGGAUGACUUGGACGACUUGUUGGACGAGUUUGACGAGCAGGUUUUGAGUAAGCCUCCAGGAUCAGCACCUCAAGCUGCUGCUGGCGAUAGCCAAGCUACCAGUACGACCAAGAAGCCUUCUGAGGGCCCUCAAGAGGAUAACUUUCAGUACGAUAUGGAGCUGCUUAUCAAGGAUCUCAACAUUGAGGACCCUAAAGCCAAAGACGAAUUUGAGAACUUGGUCAAGCAGUUUGAGACUACCCACAGAGCCGACGCCAAGAAGGCCAUGGACCCUCAAAAUUUCGAUAGCGUGAUGAAGGAUACCAUGGAGAGAUUGAAGAAGUCCGGAGAAAAUAUUGAUGAACAGUUGAAGAACGAUCCAUCCAGUUCUAACCCCGAGGACAUGCUCACACAGCUUUUGGCCGGUUUGGGAGGCGGUGCCGGUGACGGUGAUUUCGACAUGUCCAAGCUUUUGACUGAUAUGUUGGAGCAAUUGUCUUCGAAGGACGUUCUCUACGAGCCGAUCAAGGACCUCAACACCAAAUUCCCUGAGUUCUUGAAGGAGCAGAAAGACAAGCUUCCAGAGGAUGAACAUGCCAGAUACACGAAACAAUAUGAGGUUACCAAUGACAUCAUGGCUCUUUUUGAGAGUCCCGACUUCGACAAUGAGAGCACUGAAAAGCGUGAGGAGGUCAACAAACUUCUUGAAAGCUUGCAAGAGCUUGGAAACCCUCCAACUGAAUUGGUUGGAGAUGCUAAGGACUUCCCUGGUCUCGGUGACUUGGGUGCUCUUGGCGGAGGUCUCGGCGGAGGUGCCGACGGGCUUGACUUUGAUUCCAAAGACUUGCCAAAGGACAUCGAGAAGGAGUUAGAGGAGGGCUGCAAGCAGCAGUAA